ACUCGGACAUCUCUUUGCCCUACUGGGGACGGUUUUAGCAACCACUCAGAACUACCAACCUUUCAUUUCAAUACGCCUCCCAAUUUCAGAUUAUAACUUAUAAUUUCUGAAAUGAUUCCUCUUAUGAUAAUACUAGCUAUUAUCGUGGCCCUGGGGGCUACGAAUGUUAAUGCGGAUUUUACGGUAUAUAUUGGAAAGGAUAACGACAUUACGGAUGUGGGAGUUACGUUUAGCUCAAACGAAUUGCAAAUACACGAUCAUGCCCUACUCAGUUGCUCGGAUAUGGGUCAUACAGUGUCCAUUUCGGCUAGCAACAUAAAUGAUGCCAGUAAAGGCCGAUGGGCCUGUGAUGGCUGUAGCGCGGAUGCUCCGAGGAACUGGAUCGUCGACCGAUUCGAGAUGUAUAAUCGCGACGACGCUGUGGGGCAUGGUACCGAUCACCCCUUUCCACUUUUCGACAGAGCUACGGGGGCUGUCACCCUAUAUGGGACCGGGGACGGGAACUAUGCUAUGUUAGACAUCAACAACACGUUUCUUGGGACUUGCAAUCGACCAUCCAAACCCCAGGAGAUGGACUGUUGGGAGCUCAUUUCAGCAACAUUUCUUACGCACGUUUUCACCUGUAUAAGCGAUCUCGUUCCAAAUAAGCGACUUUGGGUUCCAGAGUAAUAUCUGCGAACUCUUGAAGGAUUUCAAUACUUUGAUUUAAUCAAAAUGGUGGUGAUGUAUCUUGUCUGCGAUCGAGUUUAAUAUUAUUUCUUAUUCAUUGAUUGGGAUGUUGUUGGUGGUGUUGGAAUGCGAUAUUUGGCGACGUGGCCAAACCCCUAACAGCUCUCGUGGACGUCAUAUCAUAUUAACUUUUCAAUUCAUUCAGUAUCAUAAUUUCAAGCCCCUAGCCAAAAGCCACCUAGGAGAAUGUAAGAUAUUUCAAGAGUAAAAUAUACACCUUACCCUUAAACCCUACUGGCCUAAUCGAGGAAUGUACCAGCGAAAAGCGAGCUUUGAUAGGUCGUGAUGCUAUUAAUAGAAGGAAUCUGAAUUACUAAGCGUUAUGGAUAGUAAGUCCUUAGGUAACCGUAGAGAAAUUUCCUAGACUCCCCAAUUUUUCUCUCUUGUCGAGUCAAUCUUUUCAUUGGUGAGCGGUGACUCAGGGGUGUCUCAGAUUGGAAAGCGACUUCCCUUACCCAGCCUAGUACUCAGCAAGAACCAGACAGGAACAUUCCGUUGAUUGCCAAUUUCCCUUCCUUACCCAUAGUUUCUAAGGCUAAUUGGAGACCUAGAUGGACAAAGCUGAGCGGUUCUGCGAGUUUACGUUUGGAUGUCUCUUUUUGCCCCCGAGAAAGUCGCACAAAA